GUAACCAGUACGGUACAUGUUUGUACCGAUGAGGCCAAUUAUGAUGGAGUAAAUAUACUUUGGCUGUGGGGGGUGGGGGCUCAUAAGGUGGCAUAUCGAACAGCAACCUGUGAGGGAGUAGACCGUGGGAACGGAACGUGGAAGCCUUAGCCUUCUACUUUGGGUGGACGGGACUUGGCAUGAAUCAUGACUGGACUGCCUCGAUGACGUUGAUGGGCCAACAUAUGCCUCCACGUUGAACCUUCCCACAACAUCAACGAAGGUUCCAACUCACAAGCCAUCACCAUCAUGCAGUCCAAGGGUCCACAUGCAUAAAACCGCGACAGGCACAAAUAACCAACUCAGGAUCCUUGCUAGUAUACCCAUCUUGUAGAGGCAAAAAAGGAAGAGAUACCAAAAAUAACCAAGAGACAAUGAAGAUCAAUUCCAUACAACGUGCUCUUGUCCUUUUGUUGGCGUUUUCUAGCGUGCAGGGCCAGCAGUAUGAUUAUGAGGAUUAUGGGGAUGAUCAAGGUCAAGACUACUAUGCUCAAACAGAAGAUACUCUCUACCAAGACUAUGCAGAACACCAGCAGAUGAAGGCUCAAGGUGGAGGAGGUGCCAUGGUAAAAAUGUUUGGCGCCGGAGUGGCAGGUUGGUUUUUGGGUGGCAAGAUUCACUCGAAACGAGCCUUGAAAAAGCAGCACAAGAAGCACAUUGAAGAUCUGAAAGAUUUGUACAGCAAGUACAUUAACGACGUGUCCACUCAGCAAAGUCAGAUUGCCGAACUGGAGGCAUUCAUCAAGGAAUCCGCGCGACAGCAAUUGGCCGACGAAUUCCUGAGGGCCGAUUACGACAACAAUCGUCAAGUCAGCCGCGCUGAAUUCGAACGAUACAAGCGAGAAUACCUCAUCAAGCAUCCCGAAAUGACAUCCGCCUUCCCCGAAUUUGAAGCCUUUGAUCCCGAUCGCAAUGGAAUGAUUACGCUGCGAGAACACGAAGAGUAUUACGAACAGAGAGGAAUGAUCUAGCUAAUACUAGAAAGAAAAAAGGCAACAAUAUUCAAGUCAUGCUGCAGCGUUUGAUCCAUCCUACCAUCCGAGAAAAAAACUGCCGUGGCUCACAAAACAAACAGCACAUCACACACAACUUAUUUUGCUGGCAUGGCUGGCUCAGCCACUGUGGAGUAACAAUGAGGAGUGGAACAAUCUCUUCUCUUGUACAGUAGCCAUGCGCCUAUAAUGCUUACUUACUAACUUUUUUGUUGGGGAGAAUCC